GCGCCGUCGACCGUGAGCCCGGAUCCCCUCCCCGCGGCGACCCGGCACGACCGGCCGCAGGCGGCGACACCUGCUCCGCGGAUCCCUUCGCCAGGAGCGAGGCUGAGGUUGCCAGCUGUGCCUGAAUGCGGAGAAGCCAUGGCGUCCUGCGGGCCGCGCCUGGUGCUCCUGUGCGCCGCGCUCGGCGUGGCGGCCGCCGCCAAGAUCAUCAUUGUGCCGCCCAUCAUGUUUGAGAGCCACAUGUACAUCUUCAAGACGCUGGCCUCGGCGCUGCACGCGCGCGGCCACCGCACUGUCUUCCUGCUGUCGGAGGGCCGCGACCUGGCGCCCUCGCCCCACUACGGCCUGCGGCGCUACCCGGGCGUCUUCAACAGCUCCGCGGCCGACGCCUUCCUGCAGGCCAAGAUGCGCAGCAUCUUCUCGGGGCGCCUGACGGCGGUGGAGCUGCUGGACAUCCUGGAGCAGUACACGCGGAACUGCGACCUGGUGCUGGGCAACCGCCCGCUGCUGCGCGCGCUCCGGCGGGAACGCUUCGACCUGCUGCUCGUCGACCCCAACGACAUGUGCGGCUUCAUCAUCGCGCACCUGCUGGGCGUGCGGUACGCCGUGUUCUCCACUGGGCUCUGGUACCCGGCCGAGGUGGGCGCACCCGCGCCCCUGGCCUACGUGCCCGAGUUCAACUCGCUGCUCACGGACCGCAUGAGCCUGGUGCAGAGGAUGAAGAACGCGGGCGUGUACCUGGUGUCCCGGCUGGGCGUGCGCCUCCUGGUGCUGCCCAAGUACGAACGCGUCCUGCGGAAGCACGGGCUGCUGCCCGGCAAGUCCAUGUACGACCUGGUGCAUGGCUCCAGCCUCUGGAUGCUCUGCACCGACGUGGCGCUGGAGUUCCCGCGGCCCACGCUGCCCAACGUGGUGUACGUGGGCGGCAUCCUGACCAAGCCGGCCGGGCCGCUGCCCCAGGAGCUGCAGAGCUGGGUGGACGGGGCCGGCGAACACGGCUUCGUGCUCGUGUCCUUCGGGGCCGGCGUCAGGUACCUGUCGGAGGACGUCGCCCGCAAGCUGGCGGGGGCGCUGGGCCGGCUGCCCCAGAGGGUGAUCUGGAGGUUUUCUGGACCCAAACCGAAGAACCUGGGGAACAACACGAAGCUCCUGGAGUGGCUGCCGCAGAACGACCUGCUGGGGCACUCGCGCAUCAAGGCCUUCCUGAGCCACGGCGGCCUGAACAGCAUCUUCGAGACCAUGUACCACGGCGUCCCCGUGGUGGGCCUCCCGCUCUUCGGGGACCAUUACGACACGAUGACCCGCGUGCAGGCCAAGGGCAUGGGGGUCCUGCUGGACUGGAGGACAGCGACCGAGGCCGAGCUGCACGCGGCCCUGGCGGCCGUGAUCGGCGACCCCAGCUACCGUCGCAGGGCCCGGCAGCUGUCCGAGAUCCACCGGGACCAGCCCGGGCACCCCGUGCAGCGGACCGUGUACUGGAUCGAGUACAUCCUGCGCCACCGGGGCGCCCCGCACCUGCGGGCGGCCGUCCACCAGCUGUCCUUCUGGCAGUACUUCCUCCUGGACGUGGCCGCUGUGCUGCUGCUGGCCGCCGCCCUGCUCUGCGCCCUGCUGUCCUGGGCCGCCUCCCUCGUCUGCCGACGGGCCCGCAGCUGCUGGUCCGGGCACACGCCGAGCGCGGUGAACGGGCACUACCACAACGGGGUCCCCAACGGCCGGUGCAGGAGGAACGGCCGCGUCCUGCACGAGAAGAAGGCGAAGUGAGCGCGUGGCCCCCGUCCCCGCAGGCCCCUGCUGUCACUCAGCCUAACAGCCACCGAGCGUCGCGUCAGCAAACAGUUCUAACACCCCUUCCCGAGCUACUAACGAGCCCGGUGCAGUUCAGGGCUGCGAGGGCCUGGCCCUGGGGGCGGAGCCCGCUGUGUGCCGACGCCGAGGCCGAGGCCGAGGCCGGCACGGACCUGCGAGCGGCCUCAGUGACUCCCGUUGGGCCGGGCCCGUGUCGGACUUCGUUCUGAGCCCCGCGUGCGUGUCCCGGGCGGGGAUGGUCUCCUUCCGCUGUGCGUGCAGCUGCCUGGCUGCCGCACAUGCGAGGGAGGCGCGGCGCACUCAGGAGGGGCCUGGAAAGCCUCGUGGGGUCCGACGUGCCUCGUCCGGAACCUGACACCGGCAAACUCAGGACUCGCGUCGCAGGCCCCGCCCCCCAUGCUGAACGCAGAGGAAGGAAAACGAUCGGAACGCCGGCUUUCGUACUCUUGGGUUUUUUGUUUUAGUUUCUUUGUUGGCUUUGUCUUCUUUUUCUUACAGACCAGAUGCUUCUGGGGGAAACAUGUACGAUUAAGCAAAUGUAUACAUUGGUUGUCAUGUGUUGUUUUCCCCUAACCAGCCAUCGGCCUCUGGAAGAAUCUCACAGUUGUUUUCCGCUUCAUUUUCCCACGUGACGCGUUCACUGUGUAACGGGACCAAGCGGCCAGGCCCUGACUCCUGCUGCCGUGGCGGGUGAAGGCGCCGGUCGCUGUGGCCCCGGUGCUCACCUGCUGGCGUUGCCACACGUGGCUGCCGACUGCUCAGCUGGGGUGGCUCCAAAGUUUUAACUGUACAGAACCGCCCUUGUCACGCCUUUUGUUUUCUGGGCCACGCAGUCUGUGUCACCGAGGUGCCAACGUGUAACUUGUCCGGGGGCCAUUGCGGCCUCCCUGCCGCCCCGCCCUGUCCGAUCUUGUGACCUCAGACUUUCUGUGCCGUGCAGACGUGUCCGAGAACUUGCGCUGUUGUCGAAGCCGAGUUUCGAAAAUGAGCUCCUGUCCCCUCCCUCCUCUUCCCCCAGCAGCGGCUUCGGGCCAGCGUGGCUGACGGGACCGGCCGGGGACCGUCCCCCCGCAGAGCAGAGGUGCCCGUCAGACGGUGACGACAGGACCUCCGGCAAACACCCCCCGUUGAGCAACUCUUGAGUUUAUUUCAGGUCGUUCUGUUUACUUAGCAUUUGCACUUCACACGUUGAGCUUUAUUUAUUGAUCGUUUGACCUCCUGCGUCUGACAGCGGCACAGAAGCACCCAGUCACCCGGCGAUACCCGCGGGCGCGGGAGGAGCUGUGAACGUUCCGAGUGCUGUCCCCUCUGCGCACACAAUGACCCGCGAUGUCCGCCGCCCACCGGGAGCCACCGUGCCGCGCGUGGGCGUCCGCUGUGUCCUCCCGGCUGUGCAGGCGCGCGGCGGCGCUCUGAGUGCUUGACGGAACGGCGUCCUCCACGCGGGCGCGCCAGUCACAUCUUGACACAAUCUGCGCGUCUCGUAGCCGUGGAAACGGGGCAGAGGCGGCUGUGAGCGGUGGGCUGGCGACGGGGCGAGGAGUGUGUGGGGAGCGGAUCUUGCUGUUUUGGGAACGGGACGCAUCGGCGGGGUGCCCUCGCUGGGUGGUGGAGCA